AUUUCGCCUCUCAGUUUAGGACACGCUGAGAACCACUAAAUUGAUCAAAAUAUUUAUCCUAUUCGAUCAUUUGUAUCGAUACGAUCAACUGCUAGAAGUUUCUCGACAUCGUUCGACUUAAUUAUAUCGUCAGAAUGUCCUCGCCAAUUCGCAACUACUUUGACAAAACGUUCUGGUUGUUUCUUUUUCUCUGUGCAAACGCUGCGACUUGUUGGAAUAUUUUAAAAACUUUAGAUCAACUUGCGGACAUCCGCUUGCCACGAGUUUCACGAAAUUCCGAAGACGAAUCGUUAAUUUGGAUGGAAUACGAAUUCGAUACAGGCGCUGGCAACAGGGAAGAGCUUAUAGUGACGGACAUUUCCGUUCAUGAGUAUACAAAUUUGCCAAAAACAGCGACGAGUUGGCAGUUCCUGGAUGUAAAUGGUAUCAGUUAUCUGUUUCGAGUUGAGAAGUCCAUCUUCUUCGUUUAUAAAUUCGAUCUGGAUACGGCUGUGGUCAAUGAUUCCGUGAGUUUCGAUCUAGAAGGCAUUAUAUUAACGUUUCAAGUGAUCGAUCUUCAUUCGGGACCUGAUGCUGUGGCCGUUUUCUGCGUAGAAUCGAACGAUGGGACGAUAUUAUCGUGGCACAGGCUGAAAAAUGGAAAUUCCCUUCAAUUCGUUCAGUCAUGGACAGUACAGAAACGUAUAAAAGACAUGAAAUUCAUUCAGCACGAAAAGCCAUAUAAAAUAUUACUGUUAAAUGACAACGAAUUACAUCCUGGAUUGGAAGAUCCGUUCAUCGACAUGUAUGGAUUUGACAUUGACUUUUCAACCAAUACUUUCAACUUUUGGUUCUACAAUAGAUUUUCCAUACCGAGAGCAUUCCACGUUCAAAUAUGUCCCACCGACGAGGAUAUUUUACUAGCUAUUCAAGGCAGGAAUGAUAUUUCGCUCUAUAAAUACAAAACUACCAUCGAGGGAAGUAUCUUUCAGUAUUUACAAACGAUAGAGUCGUACAAUUUGAGGAAUUUCGUCUGUUUUGAGAGCGGUUACCUCCAAUUUUUGUCAACGUCCGGCCCGGAAGCUGGUCUUUUUCACUUGGUAAACGGUGAAUUCCAAUUCAACACGGAGGCUGAGUCCAACUUCGAUAUUUCAGAAAUCUCGUGGGUGACGAACGUAAAAUUGGACACGUAUCGGGACGAGUCAUUGUUACUGAUACAACUGAGAAACUCGACGGUGAUCGCCCUCGCUUGGCAAGGCCUGAGUUUCAAAAGAAUCUCAUUGCCUAGCAAUGUUCUCGACCAGCUCGAUCUCGCCACGAUUACGCCACUUUCGAAGCACGGGUUCAUCGUGGACAAUCGAAUUGUAAAAUUUCACGUGCAACUGAAGAAUCUGAAACACCCGAGCCAAUCCACUACCGAGAGGCUACUGGUCUUGCAAAGUUUGUUAAAUGACACGCUGAAUCAUCAAGAGAGGAUUCUCAACGAAACGGAGGCACGUCUGGAGAAGAGUUACUUAAAAAAUCCGGAAAUUACAGGAAUUUGGAACAUUAGCGUGGCGAACGUUACGAACGCAACUGUGUCCGACAACGUGACUUAUCACUCGGUCACGAUAGGUGGCACGAACUUAACGAAAGAGGACCUGAGACUCAACGUGAGCGAUUUUAGAGGAAGACUGACGAGUUUAGAGCGGAAACUUGAUGAAAUCGAUUCAAUCUUGAUGAACGCCGUGGAAAUCAAUCCGCGUUCCGUUUCGGACGUCACAAUAUUUGGAAAUAUUAUCGUCACCGGCAAUUUAAAUGUGGUAAACCUAACUGCACAGUCCAUCAAUGACAUCAACGAGACAACUAUCGCCGAUUUCGUCGAUAACAGAGAUGUAACAGCUCGUUCCGUGAACGGUAUUCCAAUUGAAAAUAUUCAGUUCGGUGAUUCUGUAGAUGACUAUAGUGGCGUGGAAUUUUAUAAAAUAAAUCGUGCUCAAGUGAAUGGAAAUCUUUCGUUUUCUAUGAUUAAUGGAAUUGACUGGACUAUACUGAUGAGAGACAUUGUGUGGAAAAACAAACGAAUGCACAUCCCUGGAGAGACUAUCAUCGAAGGAACGUUGAUCUCAAAUAUUUUCAAGCUGGACAUUCUCGAUAAUCUUCUGUAUCCAGAAGACUAUGUCUUGGAGAAUAGCGUUAGCUCCGUGGUCGUAACCGGUUCGAAGUCGUUUGAUUCGAUGCUAGUGUCGCAGUUGGAAGAUGUAGCUACCAUAAACGGCAUAGACUACGAAGAUUUCGUAAUUUUGCACAAGGACAAUGUUUUAGAAAAGAGCAUCACCUUCGAAAACUUAACGAUCGAAGGAGAGUUCUGGAUAGAUGGUGAUAUAUCGGGAUUUAAUAUGGAAAACGCGCUGUUGUUGAACGAAACUUCCGCGAUUUCACCGGACGUUAUAUUUUUCAACUUGAACGUUUUGGGAAACGUCACGUUCGACGCGUUGCUGAUGAACAGACGUUUACUGAAUUUAGAGGACCUGCUGUUGAAAACCGAUGAAAACGUUGAAAUCACUGGAACUAAAAUAUUUCUGAAGAACGUCGGAAUGAAAUCCAACGUUACCAUCACAUCCGGCAUGGUCAAUGGACAUUUCCUGGACGAAUUCGUCACUUUGGACACGGAUCAAGAUUUUCCACAUUUAACAAAGAUACUGUCGAACGUUACUUUUAGAAACGUGACAUUCGGAGCGGCGAAGAAGUUCGAGACUUUCCUCGACGAAAACACGAAUUCAAGCAGCUGCUUGGACAGAAUCGUCGUAUUUGAAUCGCCGAUUACCGUAGAUCAGCUGUCCUUCGACAGAUUAAACGAGGUUUCGUUUAAAGACUUCGAUCGGAAGCUAAACGAAACGUUUGAAAAUGUUAGCUUUGAGAAUUUAACGACCGAAAUAUUAUUGGCUGAAGAAAUAACGACAAAGGCUAUCAAUGGUAUUGAUUUCGAUACUUUCACGAAACGUUCAGAGCCUUUGAACAUUGGAUCCGUGGAGCAGUUGGAAACCGAUCGUUUGAACGUGACGUUUAUCAAUGGAAUAUCAGUGAACGAGAUCAAUCUGCUGAAGGAUCGAUUGAAUGCAAUUUUUGAUGGCAUUUGUAACGGAAGCAUGAGAUUAAACUCGCUUCAAGUGACAGGAAUGAUCACUACGAAUUCAGUUAACGGGGAACUUUUAACAGAUUUAUACAGUAAAGAUGAAAUAAACACUGUGAUCUUCAAGUCAGACACUUUCAUCAAGAAUUUGACCAUCCUGGGCUUGAUGAAUGGUUUCAACUUUUCGGAACAUGUGUCUGACACGAUUUUAAAGUCCGAUAGAAAUAUAGCGAUCGACGGAUAUAAAAUAUUUGACACAAUCCUUUGCCAUCAACUUGAGACAAGCUUUUUGAACGGACAUCCUGUGGAGAAUGUUCUAGAUCCUUUCAAAGAACAAGUGUUAUCGGGUCCUGUUGCCGUGAAUGGUUCCGUGACAGUUCUUGAAAAAUUUAAUACAACUGGAAGUAUCGGUGAUAUCCCAUUUUACAAUCUGAUGGACAGAUUCAACAGAUUGGGAAACAGUAGUUACGAAUUACACGGAGACGUUCGUUUCUUGAACAAUGUGACUGUAAACAAUCUUUACACGAUAGGAUUAAUCCAAGGGAAAAAUUUCGACGACUUCUUGAACACGAUAAUUUUUAACAUCGAGGAUAAUCUUAUAAUUUCUGGCACGAAAGUGUUUCAAAAUUCAGUAAUUUUUAAUGACAGGCUCGUAGUACGCGACAAAUUGAAUAACAUUGAUUUGAAAAGAUUCCAACAGAAAGCUAUCUUCAUCGACCAGCCAUUUUCUGUUAAAUCAAAAAUUAUUUUCAAAGAUGGUAUAAAGAUAGAGAAGGAUCUUGCAGUAUCGAGAAAUCUCAAAACAAAGUCUAUUAUGGGAAUCGAUGCGAAUAAUCUGUAUGAUAAUGUUCUGAUUCUCGACAAACCUAAUUAUAUCGAAGGGAUUACCACAUUUACUAAUGUGAGUUUCGAAUCUGACAUUCAAGUGGGGAAAUUCAACGAUUUGGACAUGAAAUUGUUAAUACCACUGAACGCUGAACAAAUUAUAAAAGUCUUGAAAUGUGACAAUGUUACUGCAGAUCAAUUACAAAUUUUAGGAAAGGUCAACGAUGGAAACCUGCAGAAGAUUCAAGACAAUACUUUCAUGAUGACUGGGAACCAGAACAUAUCAGGACAUUUCAAUUUUCGUGGUCACGUUUAUGUCCGAGGGGAUUUCAAUGCUCGCAUUAUUAAUGAUAUUGAUCCGACGAAUAUUAUACCUUUGAAUUCGAAAAGUUCUAUAAACGGCAACUUCAUAUUUGAAAGACCAAUACUUUUCAAUCAAAGUCUUCGAGUCUUAGGCUACUUGAACGGCAUAGAUCCAUCUCGAUGGGAAGCAGUGGCGGUCACAGCCAACAAUUUAGUUCCACAGUUUAUCUUAGGUAAAUGGACCGUGUUUGGCAACGUUUACUUCGAGAAAGGAGCAUCGGGAAGCGACAUGUUAAAUCGCGUGAACAUCACAGAAUUGUCCAACGCUUUAGCGAAAAAACAUUUGGAGAUGAAUGACGUAUUGGGAGAGAAAAGUAUGAAUCUGGACAGCGUGUGUGAAGAUUUACGGGAGCUGAAACGCUACGCAGAGAAACAAAUUUACAAGUUCAAUGCGUUCGAUUAUUUGCAGAUCAUCGAGUUCGACAGAGAUAUAGUUAGCGCUCAUUAUUUCGAGUUGGAUAACUUGGACUACAUAACGAUAAGCUACGAUAGCUGUCAUAUGCGUGUAUACUCGUUCAAUGGAAUGAAAUUCGAGUUGGUCAACGAUAUCUCUGAUUUCGGAGUGGUUGAACAAUGGACCACUUUCAAACACGACGGAGUUUUAUAUUUCCUCACUUCAGGACGAAAUUCUUGCGGCAGGAGCCCUGUUAAUCUGUGGAAAUUGAGAAACCACGAGUUCGAGCACGUUCUAGAUUUCGGUCAUAACGUAGAUGGCAAGAAAGUCUAUCAGGAUGCGUUCCUCAUGUUAAUUAAUGGAAAGGAACAAUUCCAAUCGUCUGGGAGGAUGAACGAAGAAUUACAAAAGUCUCUAUCGUCUACGACAGAUGACGAUAAUGUUCAAAUUAUUUUGGACAAGGACAAAAUGUUGUUCACCAGUAAGAACGUUGUCGAUAAGUAUAACGUUGACCAUUCUACCAACAUAACCGUUGACGUUAGAAAUGCAGAAACUUUGAAUUUCAAAACUGGAAUAUACGAGAAGGACAUGUUUUUGUAUUAUGACAAAGAAGUCAGCGAGGAUCGCAUAUUCAUUUGUAAUAAUGGCACAAAAUGGAAGAAAAUCGUUCAGACGAUAAAAGCACAUAGGCCAACGUCCUUUACUAUCAUUAAUUUCGAUGGACUGAUUGAAACACUGCUUGUCUUUGUUGAAAACAGGAAGAACCUUCGAAUUUACGAGUAUAAAGGCAUCCAAGGCUUUCUGUACAGAGACAGUAUAAGAAUGAACGUUGAUAAAUUAUUUACCUUUAAAAUUAGAAAAUAUCCUAAUUUAGCAAAACGAUACUGUCUAGGUUUAGCUUAUGGAAAUAGAUUAACCAUUUUAGAAGCAAAAAUGUACGGCGAAAAAUUAGACAUGGGACCGUUAACGUGUUGAAAACAUUAUAGUUGCCUGGAAAAUAAUUAAUUAAUUGAAAAUUAAUUGAAAAUUUUUUUUAGUUUAGUGCGUAUAAAACUAUUGAGUUAGAAUCAACUGAUAUUAUAUUAUAUUGUGUUAUACAUUACACGUUGUAUUGUAAUUGAUUGUACAUACGAAUAAUAAGCAUAUGAUUAUGAAA